AUGGCUUCGUUGUCAUCCUCGCAAUGCCCACGUACCAGCGAUGCUGUAUUUGGUCCCCGGGUCAACGUCGCCUGUCGUGCCUUUGACUUUACCGUCUACUUCGAAGAUGUGAUGCUCGCUUGCUUACCGGCGGCUCUGUUUCUAUCACUUCUUCCGAUAUCAGUUCUGCAGCUCUGGAAGGAGCCUCGUCGCAUCCGGAGGUCUACCCGGUUGGCUUUGAAGCUGGUGACCCUUGGGGCACUGCUUGCCUGCCAGAUGGGAUUCAUGGCUCUCCGACGGUCACAAGCACCGUCCGCUCCGCUGGACGCAUCUCUCGCAGCCGAGGUCUUGGAGAUAGUGGCAACUGCCAGUGCCCUCGGCCUGUCAUACCUCAGCCAUUGCCGCUCAUUCCAACCUUCAACGCUGUUGAUAGUAUACAUGUCCGCUCGCUCCCUGCUUGGACUGGCUCGACUGCGGACGUUGUGGCUCAUGCACGCCCCAACCGCGGAGGCAGUCAUCUUCACCCUCAGCAUCAGUUUCACCGUUUUGUCCCUGGUCCUCGAGUCACUGGGAAAAGCAUCCAUUCUCGCUCCGCAGACAGCCAAGCCAGCCACGCCGGAAGCAUUCAGCGGGUUCUGGAAACGUGCCACAUUUGCCUGGCUGGCGGGGACCUUUCGUCAGGGCUACUCCCAGGUGCUCUCCGUGCACGACCUGCCGGAUCUUGACCCUCAGUUGAGCAGUGAGGUCGUCAGCAAGCAGCUGCAGGCGGCCUGGUUGCGAACCGAGACGAAAACAGCCAAAUGCGCAUUGCUGCGCACGACUUUGUAUGCUUACGUGACUCCACUCCUUGCCGCAGUGAUUCCUCGACUGCUACUCACGGGCUUUACCUUCUGCCAACCGUUUCUGGUGAACGCGACCGUGACGUGGGUCGGAGAUGAGAAGGCCGCGCUGGACUCCGGGAAAGGGCUGAUUGGGGCAUUUGCCAUUGUCUACACCGGCAUCGCGGUCUUUACCGCAUUGUCCGGCUACCAGACCUUCCGCUUCACUGUGCGCCUGCGUGCUGGGUUGAUCUCGCUCAUCCACCGCCAGACGGUGCGAACCAGAGCCGUGGAUCUGGGGGAAAUCACCGCCGUCACUCUGAUGGGCACCGACGUGGAGCGGAUCGUGACGGGCUUCAAAUCGAUUCACGAUCUCUGGGCCUGUUUGGUGGACAUUGGCGUGGCGAUCUUCCUCCUUGCGCGACAGCUGGGAGUGGCGUGUCUGGUUCCUGCUGUGAUGAUUGUGGUCUUCUUCGGCUGCACCUUCAAGCUCUCGGCCGUCAGCAACACCGCCCAGCGCGCCUGGAUCGAGAAGGUCGAAGAGCGCAUCAAAUUCACCUCCUAUGCCGUGGAGAACAUCAAAUCCGUCAAGAUGCUGGGCCUGUCGCUGCAGAUGUCUUCCAUCAUCGCAGGCCUGCGGUAUGCCGAGGUGGCGGCCUCUACAGUGUUUCGGAAGCUGUUGAUCGGCAGCGUCGUGCUGUCCAACACCCCGUCUGAUUUGGCCCCGAUGGCGACAUUCACCCUCUACGUGAUCAUUGCUCUGGUCAAGCAUGACCACUCCAUUCUGGCCGCCAAAGCGUUUACCUCGAUCUCCUUGAUUUCACUGAUGACGACGCCCAUGUUGGCCUUCAUCCAGUCGGUCCCGGCUGUGGUGGAGUGCCUGGGCUGUUUUGAUCGGAUCCAGGAGUAUUGCAGCAUGUCGCAGACAACUCCUGACUCUGAGCGUCCCGCACCGCCAGACCGCGAAGGGAUUCCUCUGCGCUCCGUGAAGAAACCAGCAGCACACCAGCAGGGGAGCGCGAUCGAGCUCACCGGCCAAAGCGUCUGCUGGGGACAAUCAGCGGACCCGGUGCUUCGCGACGUCUACUUGCAGAUCCCACGUGGAGCCAUCACGAUGAUUGUUGGACCGAUCGGCAGCGGAAAGACGACGUUGAUCGAGAGUAUACUAGGCGAGACGAUACUCGUUGGAGGGGAGGUACACAGAGAUACCUCCUCAAUCGCUUAUUGCUCCCAGACAGCGUGGCUGCAGAGCCAGACCAUCCGCCAAAACAUUCUAGGGUCGAAUCCGAUGGAGGUGACGUGGUACGCGACGGUGAUUAGGGCUUGUGCGCUCGAGGGGGAUCUGGGGCGACUGCCACGCGGCGAUCAGACCCCAGUGGUCAGCAAUGGGUUAACCCUCAGCGGGGGCCAGAAGCAACGCAUUGCGUUGGCACGAGCGCUAUACCGUCGGGCUAGACUCGUCCUGCUCGAUGAUAUCUUCAGUGGCAUCGACGCCACAGCCACGGAGCACAUCGCCCGCAGCCUGCUCGGGGCGGGGGGUCUCUUGCGCACGUUAGAGACUACGGUCGUGCUUGCAACCCAUUCCGGAUUCCUUCUCCAAUUCGCCGACUAUGUGGUCAUGCUCCGCGACGGCCGAGUCAGUGAACCCAGCACCCUUCCCUCCCUCACGCAGCGGAGCGACUUUGUGCGCAGUCUUCAAACUGCAGUGGCCGAAACUUCUAGUAUUGAUACUAGUGACUCCAGUCACGACUCGGCCGAGCGUGCGGUGACGGAUACGCACAACAAUGAUGCUCACGCUCGAGACUCGACAAGGGAAGACUCCCUCCAAGGCCUGAGUCGACAGACUGGAGACUUUGCUGUGUACGCCUAUUACGCCUCUGCAGCAGGCCGCCGGAACAUUGUCCUGGCACUAUUGUUUGCUUUUAUGUGGGCUUUCUUCCACGAAUUCCCGACGGUAUGGCUGGACUGGUGGACGGCAGCGAACGAGAGAAGCCCUAAUUCGCAGGUGGGGAUGUACUUGGGGGUGUACAUCUUCUUUGGCCUGGGCGGAGCGGCGAUCUUCAUUGUGACCAUCAUCUCGCGUUCUGCGAUCAAGCUGCACGACAACGUGUUGACCAGCACCUUUCGCGCCCCGUUCCAGUUCUUCCACGAUGCAGACAUUGGCAGUAUCACCAAUCGAUUCAGCCAGGACAUGGAUCUCAUCGACAUGCGACUCCCCAUCGAAGCUCUCAACGUGAUCGCCAUGCUCUCCACCUGCCUCGUGAAACUCGUCAUCCUCGCCGUCUUCGCCAAGUACCUCACCAUCGCCAUCCCCUUCGCCGGGGCCAUCGUCUACCUCACGCAGAAAUUCUACCUCCGCACCUCCCGCCAGCUGCGAUUCCUCGACAUCGAAGCCAAAGCCCCCCUCUACACCCACUUCCUGGAGCUGGUUAGCGGCGCCGCCACCAUCCGCGCGUUCCGCUGGCACGAGCGCGUCGACGCCGCCUGCAUCGCCCUCCUGAACCUCUCGCAGCGGCCGGUGUAUCUGCUCUACUGCGUGCAGCAGUGGCUGGGCUUUGUGCUGGAUAUGCUGGUGGCCAUGCUGGCCGUGCUUCUCGUCGCGACGGUGGUCUUGCUCCGCGACAAGUUCGCUCCCGGCGCGGUCGGCGUCGCGCUGGUCAUGGUCAUGACGUUCAAUCAGACCUUGAUGUAUCUCGUCAAGUACUGGACGCAGAUGGAGACUUCCAUCGGGGCGGUGUCGCGCGUGAAGGCCUACGCUGCGACGACGGCGCCCGAGGAGCGCGCGUCGGCGCAGCGGCUGCUGCCGGCGCAGUGGCCGGGGAAGGGGGCGAUUCGGUUGCGUCAUGUGGUGGCUAGUCAUGCACCGGAUUCCACCCCCGUGCUCCGGGGCAUCACCAUGUCGGUCCACCCCGGCGAGAAAGUCGCCAUCUGCGGCCCAUCUGGUAGCGGGAAGACGACACUGAUUCUCGCGCUGCUGCGCAUGGUCGAGCUCCGGGAGGGCGCGGUGAGCAUCGAUGCCCACGAUCUCCUCGCCUAUCCGCGAGAGGAGAUCCGGGCGAAGCUGAAUGUGAUCACGCAGGAACCGUUCCUCAUGACGGGGACGGUGCGGUUCAACAUCGACCCGUUCCAGACGGCAUCGGACGAGGCGAUCAUCAGAGCCCUGCAGAGACUUCGCUUGAGGGAUAGGGUUGAGAAGGAGGGGGGACUAGACAUGACGAUGAAGCCGACUUCCUGGUCGGUGGGACAGCGGCAGUUGCUGUGUCUUGCGCGGGCGAUGGUUCGGAAAGGUAGGGUGUUGAUUCUUGAUGAAGCUACGAGCAGUGUCGAUCAUGAAACGGAAGAUAUCAUGCAGGAGGUCAUCGAGACGGAGUUUGCAUCUCACACGGUGUUGGCGGUGAUGCAUCGUCUGCGGCUGAUCCAUCGGUAUGAUCGCGUGGCAGUGUUGAAGGCCGGGGCUUUGGUAGAGCUGGAUACUCCUGCUGCGCUGCUGGCAAGGGCUUCGUUAUUUCGACAGCUCUACCAGUCAGGGACGGGGGGCAAGACGGAAUGA